CGAUAUUUUAGAUUUAUUUGGCAUUGUGUGUUGCACGUGAAAAAAAAUCGCUGCCGGACAUGGACACAACAAUGCCGAUGGGCAUGGUGCCCAACAGUCUCAAUCCGAUCCUCAAUCCUCGACCCCUGCCGAUACCCGUUACCAAGCCCAGAACCAAACUCCAGCCGGAUGAGCCACACGAUGGCGUUUUAGCGUUUAACAAGGGAAAAGUACCUCCGCCGGUAUCCUCACGUCCUAUUCCGCUCCAGCGUGCAAUGUCUGAGGUUCGGGACGCGCUGCGAGCUCAGCCUCAGGCCAGUGACAUUCGCCUGUUGAUCUUCACGGCGGCGGCCAGCAGUGUGGAGCACGAGAGAACUCUCAUUCCGGUGCCGCCACAAUUUCAAGCGGCACCAGGCUCCGGCUGCCAAGUGGAUCGAUUGCGUCACGCCGUCGCCGAUAAUUGGCCCUCCUGUCGCAUCAUGUUGGACUGCCCCAGUACUGACGAGCAGUAUGCCGCUUUGAUGCCGGACGAUGUGGACGCCCUGCAUUUGCUGCACUGGAUCCUGGUGGCCACGCCCUCGUCGCCCACUCUGCGCCGCAUGUCGGGAUUGCAUUUGCGGCGACUUUGCCGCUUUCUGGGCCUGGCACGACCCACCUUGGAGCCCGGCCAUCUGCUGAGCAUCAGUUAUGAGCGGAAUGUUCAGCGGCUGGGCGAUUCGAGUCCAAGGCCAAGAUCCAGUUACGCCUAUCUGGGCUUGCCCUUUCAGUACCUAUAUCGUUUCCUGGCCACUGGACGUCUGGAGCAACCGCCAGGUGUUGCCAUUCGUUUGUAUGCCCAACCGGAAACAGCCUUGGUUCACUGCGACGAGCUGAGCUCGCUGCCGCAGCAGCAGCAUGUCCAGUCGGAGGAGCAAUCGUCCAGCCAAUCCAUUGCAGAGAGGGAGCAGUCUGGAAAUUCAAGCUCGCUGUGCUGGCGGAACUCCACGCUCACUGCACCGCAAAGGGCACUGGUCAUAUGCGAACUACCCUCGGAGUUGGACGAAUCCAUUGCCCAUUCGCCGGAGAAGCAUUUUCUCGAGUACUUUGUGCAGGAAUCGCUGUCACUGCGACCCUGCUAUCUGCUCCUCUUCGACGAGGCGGUGGCCUCCAACAUAAUGUUCGUCUGGCCGGGCAAAUGUAUUGAGCUGGAGCAUCCGGGUCCUUCGAUGGUCCAGAGAUCGCGUAUCAGGAUCAUGAAUAUCGUCCGGAAUCUGAGCAACCGGUUGGGAGCAGUUAGGCGGGCUUUAGCCGCCAUUUAGAUUUUUAUUUUAUAUAUGGCCAAGGACACUGAUCUCGGCCAGGUGCCGUCCGUCGUUCAAAGUCCUGGACAUGCCAACUCCGGUGAACUGGAGCUACUUAAUUUUUUUGGAAUUUCUCAAACAAUUGUUAAUAAAUAUUUGGCAACUUAUACU